AUGCAGAGCAACCAUGGGGAUCGACCCUUGGGAGUUGAGGAGGAAGUUAACCAGCGGCGCUCAAGGCACCGAAGACAUCGACCCGAGCCACCAGAGGAUGUUGAGAAGUUAGUGAAUGACCGACUCCAAGGUCUCCAACUUAAAGGAAGCACGGAGGAGGCCCUGUGCAAGGAAAUUGAUCGAGUCGACUGCUCGCCCUUUACCAACGAGGUGGAAUGGGCUCUACCGCCGAAGCGGUUCACAACGCCAUCCAUCACUCCAUUCAAGGGAGACUCUGACCCUGAGAGCCAUUUGAGGCACUUCAAGAGCGCCAUGAUCCUGUACAAGGCAAACGACACCCUGAUGUGCAAAGUGUUCACGAUGACUCUGCGAGGAGCAACUCAAGACUGGUUCCACACUCUACCGUCCGCGUCGAUAGGCAACUUCAAGGAGUUCACCCUCAUCUUCACAAAGGAGUACACCUCCUACAAGACGGUCAGAAAGCAUGCAAACCACUUGUUCAACCUGCGCAAGAAACCACAGACGGAAGUCUUCGCAACGGCAGAGCGCUACACACUUUGGGACGAUGACCGAAUUGCCGCAAAGAAAGACAGCAAGCAAGCUAAUCACCCGAUAAGGCAGGCAAGCCAAAAGAGCAACAAGUUCGAGCACAAAGCCUUAGACAAGCGCAGAUCGCGACCCCAAGAGGGAGGCUUGGAAAUAGGAACCUUUAUUGAGUUCACUAUCCCGAUCCACCAGAUCCUGGCACAAGUGAAGGACAAGCCGUGGGUGAGAAGACCGCCACCCCUGAGGGGAGACCCCUCUAGGAGGGACACUAGUAAAUACUGCGCAUUCCACGGGGAGCACGGUCAUUACACAAACAACUGCAAUGCCUGGAAAAGGCACCUUGAGGAGUUGGUCAAAGAUGGCCAUUGCACAGAAUUCGUCUCAAAGAAGGCCAUCCAGCAGAUCGAGGAUCGUGAUGCGGCUGCCAAGGAACCUCCCCAAAAGGUCAUACGGAUCAACACCAUUCUAGCUGACUCCCAGGAGUCCGGGCUGACCACCAAGGAGCGCAAGAGAAAGAUCGCGUAG